CGAGGACUUGAGGCUGCCAUUCUGAAGAGGCUGAAUAAAAAUAUGCUUCAACUGGAUUCGGGAAAUCCACUUAAAUUUUGAAGAAGAACGUGGAGAAGGAACAUAUAAGGAUGGAUCUCUCUGCGCUGGUCAAAAAGCUAGGGCAUCAACUGGUGGAAAUAAGAGAGCGAGCGCUUAAAAACAUUCUUUGUAAGCUGGACCAUAAUUUGGUUUCAUUUGUGGAUCUGGUUCAAGAAAAGUCAUUCUUCAUAUAUCUUCUGGAAUGGUUUAAUUUUCCUUCAGUGCCAAUGAAAGAUGAAGUGCUACACCUAUUAAAUAGGUUAACCAAGCAUGUCUCAGCUGCUCAAUUGCUUUUAGAAAUUGGUGCAGUUGAUUUCUUUUCUCAACUUCGGCCAAACUUGGAACCAAAUCUCCAGUCACUUGUUGAUGAUAUUCUGGAUUCCUUGUUUCAUCUACCAUCUGAGAACUCUGAUGAUAACAGUUUAGCUUCGCCUAAGGAAUUUAAAGCUUGGCCACUGCAAGAUUUUGCAGUAACAAGGAAACGAGCAGAAUCAGAUAAAGGAUAUUUUCAAAAGGAAAUUCAGCAUUCAAGAAUACAAGCAGAAGAUUCAGUUGUUCAUCGUAAUAGUGUCACUUGCUUGAAUUUCUCCGUCUUCCCUUGGCUUACCUUAACUACAACAGAUAGGCAUGUUCUUUCAACGAAUGAAAGCUCGCUGAAUAGCAGCAACUAUAAUUUAAUUUGGAGAAGCUGCCAGCUUUUACGCGAUGUUGUAAUGCAAGAUUUCCCUGCUGAAAUAUUUCUUCAAAGACCAAAAAUUGUACAGAGCCUCCUGUCUUUACUUGGCUUGGCAUCUGAAAGCGAUGGACAACAGCAUUUGGCAUUCCAGUCUGUUUCCUGUCUACAUCAGUUAUGUAUGCUGCUUAGACACAGGCUCAAUUUUCAUAGGGAUCCAGGAUUUUUUUGUAAUAAACAAGAAAUAGUUUCUCGAAAUUCUUAUGGAUCAUAUUGCCAAGAUACUCAUAGGGUCAGCCCUACUCAAAAUCCCUCUCCUGACAACGAAAAUCUCCGCCCUUCAGUGUUGGGGCAUACAAGUCGUCUUAGAGGAGAUGGACAGGAUUGGGAUGCAGCUUCAUCAAGUGGGAACAGCACUCAAGUCAAUGCAACCUCUAGAACAGCUCAUUUGUCUCCAUUGGAUAUAGGACAUUUGGAUCUUCCAGAAAUAGAACAUGAGAAUACUUUAGAGCUACAGUUUCAGCAGCUUAGCCUUCCGCAGUUCUGCACUGCACUAUUGGAAAAAGCUGUGCCUCUACUAAAAUCAGGCAGACGAAAGCUGAUAAUAUUUGUUCUUGAGUUAUUCUGUGAAGACUUGCUGUUGCUCAGUGAUGCGGUUUCAGAAAAUGUAUGGGAAGAUGAAAGUCUUAUGGGACAGGAAUUGAGAUCUAAACUCCUUUUUGUCUUGGGCACACUUGGGGAGGCGAUAUUGUUUCAUAAAAAUAACAGCACUGAGAAGUCUGGAUCAUCUCUGGUGAACCACAGAAUGGCAUUUAUCAGCAUAUCUCUUUUUACAAUAAGACUUCUGCAAACACUCCUCCCUGUGGAAAAGGCAAAUGAUGUUCUGCCAGAAAGUUUGACAAAUGCAUUGUUUCUCCUAUCUCUCGACAUGCCAUUUCGCAUUACGUAUCCUGGUGUUCAUGAAUCUGUUAUAGCUUUUCUGGAACAGCUGAAUUCUGAAGACUAUGGCAUUUAUAAACAAACCUCAGAAACCAUCUAUUCAAUUGAAUGUGUGAACACUUUCAUGACCUAUUCAAACAAAGAGGCUGAGAAAGAUCUAUUGGAAGUGGUGGAACUGGCUGCGAAUGGCCUCACUAGCCUUUCUUAUCAUCAACACUUUCCUUUUAUGCGAAAGUUCAUCUUCCUUUGCUCAGACAUAUAUAAAUCGGCACAAAGUGGAUCAGUACUUUUGGAGGAGAGUCAAAAAGUGCUUUUGCGCAUGUUAUCCCACCAGGUGGCUACAGUCAGAGCUGAAGCUUUCAGUGUGUGUCUUGACAUUGUUAAGGAUUCUUUAGGAGUUCAUAAUGUUACUAAGCCUGUGUCCUCCGUUUGCCAUGGUGUGAAUUUUCUUCUCCAAUCAAAAGUUCUCUAUGAAAUUUCUGCAUUUGGCCUGCAAGACUCAACCAAGGAGAUCUCUUGUUCUGCAAAAUCUAUUCUGACAUAUUUACUUCAAGGACAUCUGGUGAUGAAAGCAUCAGUUUGGAACACAUUUAUUGAAGCACUUAAUCCAGUCAUACCUAUUUUACAGGGCUUUGCUGGCAUGGAAGAUACAUUGGGUAUCAGUAUAAUGACUUUGUGUGAAACAUCUGAAAAAGGGGAAGGAAUACUACCCCAAACUACCAGACUACGAGCAGCUUUACGACUUCUAUUUUCAAAAAAACAAGGAAUCAGAUCAGUUGCUGUUAAAUGGUUAGCAAUCAAUUUAAUGAAUGAAGAGGAUGCUAACAGUAAGCGUCCUCAGCUGCAUGGAAAUAUUCUGUCUAAUAGUGACAGCUUGUUCAUUGUAGAACGACCAACUGACAUAAAGCUGGAUGACCCUGGAAAAUCAAUUUUUAAGGUAGACACUGUCAGUAAAGUGUCAGGCAUUUUUACCUCUGAAACAGUGGACUUAGCUUUGCGGAAAUCUGCUGCUGAACAACUUGUAGUUAUCAUGCAAGACAUUACAAUGCACAGUGUCGUUAAAAAGAAUGGACUUGUGGAAAAGAUCAUUCAUUGUUUACAUGAAUUUGUGCACCAAAACGGAAAUGUUUUAGACUGCGUUGUUUUUCCAUGUGUGACAAUUUUAAGAAAGAUUGUAUAUGCUGACCCUGUCCUACGGCUGUCUCUUGCUCAGGAUUCAUCUUUCCUUCUCAUGCUAUUCAGAGUGAUGUUAUUACAGGAAGAUAAGUCUUUGCUGAUAGAAUCUGCUUCUCUACUGUGCCUUGUGUUGUUUGAUGAAAUAUCAAAAAUGGACACAUGGUCAGAAAGUACAACUUGUUCUCAACCUCUUUUUGGUUUACCUGUCACUGUUGUAAGACGAUUUCACAUUCCUUUCAUAGUCCCUGCUCAUCAUGCUGUUAGUCCGUACACAACCGUUUCUUUGUCCUCUGAGUACUUAGCCUUAAAACCAGUGUCAGAUAUGCUUAAAUUGGCUUGGAAUCUCUCCUGGCACCAAGGGAUUGAGAACAUCUUAUUUCAAACUUCAAACCAAAAACAGGAAACUGAAAGUUUUUCAGAUACAUUAAAGUUAUCACCCGAUGAAGUUCUGUCAUUGAAGAUCACACACUCAGCCAGCGGACUGCAAGACUGCAUGAGUUCAAUUAUUCAGGCCGUUUCCCAUGAGGAAGUCCGCUAUGCAAUUUCUAGGAUAGCUUUUUAUCUUGUAAAUGACAGACUUGUCCUGAACUACCUUACUGAGUACAAGAUGUCGACAUUGAAAUGUUUGCCUUGGCACACUGCAUUGAGCAGGUUUUUACUGGUCCAACCUGCAUGUGUUGACGACGAAAAACUUCUGGCUGAUGUAAUAAAUCUCCUAAACAAAAUAUUAAGGGAGCAGAGAGGAAUUUCUGAUUUUGAUGAUCUUAGAUGGAUCUUAGAGUUGCUGCUUAAACAAAGUUCAAGUCCGCUGCUUGAUUUAAUUGUCCAGAAAGAGUACCCAGCAAAAAAGGAUUUGGAUGAUGCACAAGCAGCUGUGAGGCAGCAUCUGCAGAAAGAGUUGAUGGCUUUUUUUAACACACUAAUGCUCUGCUUAACUUCAGUUACUGAUCGAAAGUGUUUGGUGCUUUCUGGAUCAUUCAGGACACAACUGGCCAUGCAUUUGGUGAAAUCUUUGAAAGUGACUGAUGCUCCCCAUUUUUACGGUCUGCCUUCUCUGGGAAGAACUUUAAGGGGAUUGGCUCAUGCAACAUCACUUCCAGGCUGGAGCUCCCACUGCCCAACCACAGAACCAUAUGCAGUUUGCGUCAAAUCUUUGACUAGCCUUCUUGAGAUUAUAUCCUCUUUCUAUGUUGAAUGGGGAGGAAAUGCUCACUCCUACAUGGGAAAAGGUGUCACAAAGAGCACUGUAUUGUGCUUACUUCAUGUAUCCCACGAGAUGAUAGCUCAAGCCAAGAACACGGAUUGGAUGCAUCUUUGGUCUUUGCCUUGUCACAGUAAUGACGAGCAAGUUAUACCUCAACUGGGUUUGGAAUGGCUCAUUCCUUUGUGGGUGGAUAGGGACCCCGAGGUGAGGUUUACCAGCCUAGGGAUUGGAUCGGCAUUGACGAGUGUUCAAGAAGGUUGCAUUGUUUUGUCUGACAGCUGUCAAAACAUCUCUGGAGGAUUAUGGGGGACAGUGCUGAAUAUCUUUCUUGACCAAUCUGAAUGUAGUAUGGUUCGCAGAGAGGCUUCAUUUAUUCUUCAAAACCUUCUUGUUACUCCUAUGCCAGAAAACCUGGAGGAUUCCAAAGAGUAUAUUUUUCAGGGCCCAUGUCUACAUGAUGAUGAGGCUGGUUUAUCCUUGGUUGGAAAAAUGGCUCUCCAGGCUUUGUUGAAUCACUACUACUUCUAUGAACAUUUAAAUCAAAUGGUGAAAAAUUGUUAUCUUGGACGUUACACUUUUGAUCUAAGCUUUUCCACAGAAUCAACAAAAACAGUAGAACGGAAUAUUACAAGUUCUGAAGAUUCUCUUUAUUUUUGGCAGAGUGCACCAAAUAUAUCUAAACCAUCAUCUUUCUCUGUAUCAACAUUAAGUACAACGAUUUUUCCUGAAUCUUCUUCAAGUAGUUCAGAUCACCUACUACCAGUGUCUAUUCCAUCAGUAUCGGAAAAUGUAGCUAACCAUCUUCUGGAUCAAGGUCAAACAACUAAUACCAGAGCAUCAUCUUUGAGUUCAGCAGAAUUAUCUGCACAUUUGCCUGACCAGUGUUCUUUAGUCACACCAGUUCUUUUAUCGGCAAUAUGCAGCUUACUGGAGAAUCUCCUAGUCGUAAAUCCUGCAGAUACUGUAAUUUCAUUGCAUGAAGGACAUAUAUUGAAAGAUCUUACAAGUGCUGUAAAACCUAAUUUACUUGAAAGAUGCUUAUCUGAUCUCAAGAAUACACUCACGCCUCAAGAUUGUGAAGAAAGCAUAAAGUCACAGGUGGUUUCCCUCCUUCAGUAUAUCUCUUCCUUAUCAAGGCUUACACAUGUAUGUCUUCUUGUAGAUAUUAAAAUUGUGAAACAGGAUGAAUUGCUGAAGCCACUAUUGGCAAUUUUGUUUUCAGUGCUUUCCAUGGAAUACAAACAAUGCUUUGGUAUUGAAAUACUGUCAGAAAAAUACCAGUCAUGGGUGGAAAUAUUUUUUUUUUUAACUACACUGUUAAGAAAAAAUGGCCCUGAUGCUCAUUUUCAUGUGACAGAAUAUUUAACAAAGUGUGGAAAUACUAUGCUUGAUACAGUGACCGAGUGUUUAAGCCAAGCUACUAGCCAGCCAGCACUGUAUAUAGCCUGCAUGCAUUUUCUGUCAGUUCUGUUUGCCGAAGAAGGAAAACAGCUUCAGAAGCAAAAUACCAGCCAACAGACUUCAUUGCUUUCUUUUUUAGAUGGAAAAUUAAGUAUAGGAAAUAAACUCUGUAAAUUAAUACUGCAGAGCUAUGAAGAAAAAAUUUCUGAAGACCCUCUCAGACAAGUAUGCACAAACACCUUAACUUUACUACUGGCUGUUAGCCGAAGUGCACAAAAACAAAGUUUACAUGCUCAUCUUGUGGAUAACUGCAUUGAAGAAAUUAAGCAUAUAUAUGCACAGCUGAACCUUGAUUCCCUGAGGCCUGUAAAACAAGAAAAAAAGAAAAAGGAAGAGGGUCACCUUAAACAUCUAAAAGUUACAUUACAUCUUCUGAGGAAUUGUUUGUACCAAAACGUAGAGUGCAAAGAAGCUGCUCUUGAAUCUAAAAUUGUUCCAGUGCUGCAUUCUCUUUGGCCUUGGCUUUUGAUGGAUGACACAUUGAUGCAAGGCGCCUUACAAUUACUUUGUGUUUACACAGCAAAUUUUCCACCAGCAUGUAGUUCUCUUUGUGGUACAACCCCAGGAUCGAUAACCAUGCAACUGUAUCAAAAAGCACCGGCAAACGCAACUCUCAUGCACAGCCUGUUGAAGCUUGCAUCAGAACCUGCUUCAGAUCAUAGCAUUGUCCAGCAACUGACCUUUGCUCUUCUUUCAAAUCUUGCAGUUGCUCAAGACUGCAGAUGUCUUAUUCAAAAGAGCAACUUUCUACAAAACUUUUUGUCACUGUCUCUACCAAAAGGAGGUUCCAAGAGCCUUGGUGUUUUGGGAAAUCUUUGGCUUAAACUUUUAUGGAACGUUUCAUUGGGUAAUGAUGGGCAGCAAAUGAUUAUGAAGCUUAAGGGAAGUUUGGAUCUUCUUCUAGAGAUAACAAAAUAUAAAAACAAAAGUAACCUUCCCAUAGCUUUGCUGAUUUUACAUAAUAUUUGCUUUAAUCCAGCUAACAAACCAAAGAUAUUAGCUAAUGACAAAGCUGUGGGUUUGCUUUCUGCAUGUCUGGAAAGUGAAAGUCCAAAUGCACAGAGGAUAGGAGCUUCUGCACUGUGGGCCCUGCUAUUCAAUUAUCAAAAGGCAAAAGUUACUCUGAAGAAUCCGUUGACAAAGGGAAAAAUACAGGAAGCUUUGUCUUUGCUAAGGAAAAAUACUAUUUUUCAAGAUGAAGCAAUUGAACUCUAUCAUUUGAAGUGCCUGGAGAAUUUGGAGCAAAUUCUGAGUAACUAAGUUUGAAAAAUCUGGGACAUGAUUCUGUAAACCUAUGUUUUUUAAUGCAACUUUUUAUAUGAAUACAUUAUUUAUUCACGCUAAUGUGUAGCUGACCAAAUUGUAUAUAUUUUCCUACAAAUAAACCUAUGCAUACAUUUUUUUCAUUACAUUUAUAUUUAUUAAAACAAGCCUAAUUAAUAAGGUAUAACUAUAUUUCCAUAGAAAACUGUAAAAAUGCUAAUAAAAAAGAUUUUCAUGAAGCUGUGGUUUGCUCAAUUGAGGAUAAUAAAGGGUGGUCGAUGACUUCCUGUCUUAGAAUGGAUACUUAAUUUUCCUUAAGUUUCUUUUGUAUGUUUAAUAAAAUUAUCCAAUUCAUAAA